CACUCCCACCCCCCUUACACACUACAUAAAAGCCCAGAGAUAGUGGGUGCAUACCUACAGUUGAUCCUCCACAGCCUGCCACAGGGACAAAUCUCACUCAGGGGGGUUCAUAAGGGAGCUAACAGCCUUUCACAACCAUAAGAGGCUGCUGAACCGGACCGGACAGGACAGGACGCCUGACAUCCUCUCACUGCUCUGCCCUUUCUUCCCGAGUCUACACAAGUGAGAACUUUUUAGCAUCUGAUCCAGGAGCAGCACCACGGCCACCUCCACCACCACCACCACCACCUCCACCUCCACCAUCACCACCACCACCACCUCCACCACUCUGGAACUUCUCAUUUCUCAUCUCUCAAGUCGGAUAACAUCUACAGAACCGAAUCGAAUCUGAGCACCUCCAGUCAUCAAUGAGUGGGACCAACUCCUCUGCCUACCGGUCCGAGCGUAGCGUCCACCAGACCUCCACCACCUCCUCUUCCUCUUCCACCACCAACCCCUACAUGGAGAAGGGCCGAGGCAUCUUCACCGAUGACUUUGGGUCUUUCAUGAGGCCGGGUCAGGAUGCGCUGGGUUUCCCCAGUCUUUCGGGGUCGUCUGGAAACAUCAAAACACUGGGAGACACGUACGAGUUCUCAGUCGAUGUCCGCGACUUCUCGCCCGAAGACGUGAUUGUCACCACCUCCAACAAUCAGAUUGAAGUCCGUGCCGAGAAGCUGGCGUCGGACGGCUCUGUGAUGAACACAUUCACCCACAAGUGCCAACUGCCGGAGGAUGUGGAUCCCACGUCUGUGAUGACGUCCCUGGAGGCGGACGGGGCACUAACCAUCCGGGCACGCAGACACCCCAACAAACUGGAGCACGCACAGACCUUCCGCACCGAAAUCAAGAUUUAAAUUUCCCUGUGUGUGUGUGACAUCAGACCAUCACACACACACACACACACACGCACACGCACCCACACACGCACCCACACACACACACACACACGCACACACACAGUUAAACGUCCUCCCUGACACUGCUGUCCCUUGUUCUAUCCCUGAUGGCUUUUUCUUUCCAAUAUCUUACAAGGCUCCCUCUUCACAUGAAUGCACAGUGCCACACGGGAUAUAAAAACCCUAUUUUCUCUCUUCUCUCUUCCCUAUUUUCUCUCUUUUCCCAACACCACCACAGUUCACAGCCCAUUCGAAAAUGUUUGUUGCCAAUUUCUCACAAAAGGACCCAGGCUGCUUAUUUUUUCCCCCUUGCUCUUUCCUUUUUCACACACACACUCACGCACGCAUUCACACACAAACACUUAUUGCGAGCAUUCACACACAAACACAUUAUUGCACACACAUUUCACACUCACACUUUGUGCUACACACUUGUGCUGCACACUUGUGACGCAGAGACCAUAAUUGGUUCUUUUAAAGUGGAGGCAGCUGAAGGCUGCCACAAAGACUCCGCAAUGAACUGAACCGGUGGCUGAUGGCGGAAAAAAAAAAUCCAGACAGAAGGAUAUACAGUAUCGUCACUCACCGUGGUGGGAUGUUGUUUAUUAAUACCAUGAAAUUCAUGUGUUGUAUAUUUUACAAAGGUGUGAAAUUAAAAAAGAGCAAGAGAAUUGAAAAAGUGCUUCUUGUUCAGUAGCUGUUUCUGCACGAGUAACUCUGAGUUAAUGAGAGAAGAGCAUGUGGAAAGGUG